AUGAAAACGCUGAUCUGCGUGGCUCUGCUGCUCACAUUUUCAUUGUUCAAACCCAAUAUUGCAAGGAAAGCUAAACCGAAAUCAUGGUAACCUUCACAUGCCCUCCGUCGCAAUGCCCUUGUUCGAUUUCAGCAAGAGAACGGCGUUCAGUCGUCACACAACCAACUACCAGGCAUGGCGGGAACAGAUGACAGUCUGCGACCUCCUUCAGGACUACGAUGCGGCUGUGAGACCGUCCGGAAGGACCCCGUACAACGACACGCGCGGCGCCGUCCUCGUCACCACUAGCCUCAAUAUCCGAUCUAUUUCAGCUGUCUCUGAGAAGAAUAUGGUAGGUAGUGGAACGUUUGUCUCCUAGAGAUUCAUCGAAAUUUCCAGGAAUUCGUUGCUCAAUUUCGUUUCCGUCAAGAAUGGUACGAUGAUCGUCUCCGGUUUAUCGAACAUCAAGGUCUUCUCUCUUCGGACUACCGCAACUUUGAAUUCAUCCACGUGGCAAGAGAUCAGUCCCUCUGGAUUCCCGACACGUUCUUCCAAAACGAAAAGAACGGAUGGUAUCACAUGUUGAAUCAGGAGAAUCGGUUUCUGAAGAUACGAUCCGAUGGAAAGCUCAUUUAUGAUCGAAGGCUCACCCUCCAUCUCGCUUGCUCGAUGCACCUCUCCCGGUAUCCAAUGGACCAUCAGAACUGUGAAAUCGCAUUCGCUUCUUGUGAGUAUUCCAGAGUUAUAACUAAAACGUCCAUUCUCUCUUUUCAGACGCUUACACAACAGCUGAUAUCGAGUAUAUCUGGGAUGUUCCUGCCAUUCAAAUCCACGAAGGCGCCAACGGAGCACUUCCGAACUUUGAGAUUGCGUCCUUCAAGAAUGCCUCGUGCACCUCAACCACCAACACGGGCACCUAUUCCUGUCUGAAAGUGGAGAUCCGUCUGAACCGCGUCUUCUCGUUCUUCCUCCUCCAGCUCUACAUCCCUUCCUCGAUGCUCGUCGGAGUCGCCUGGGUCUCCUACUGGAUCGACUGGAAGUCCACCGCCGCUCGUGUCCCUCUCGCCAUCGUCACGCUUCUCACAAUGAUUACCACUUCACAUGCCAUCAAUUCUAACCUUCCUCCAGUUAGUUAUGCAAAGUCAAUCGACAUUUGGGUCGGCGCGUGUGUCGGUGAGUUAUUCUCUCUGGAGUUGGUCUGGUCAGACAUGCCCUUUCAGUGUUCAUCUUCUUCUCCCUCAUCGAGUAUGCAGUCGUCAACUACAUGGGAAUUCUGGAUGAGCACAGGUGAGAAAGACUUGCACGUCGAAUUGAAAUGCAAAAGAGAGUCACUUGCAGGCAGAUGCGGAAGGCCGCCUGCAACAGAUCGCGUCUCUCGAAUGUCAUUGAUAACGAGAACUUCGAGGAGUCGCUUCAGUCGCUGACUUUCAGUCCGCAGGAGAAAAAAGUGAGUGAAGGGUCCGAUUCUUUGUAGAUUUCCAUAUGUCAUAUAUAAUAGUCACAGCGCUUGAUCCGUCGACGGAACAAAAAGUCGCUGGAAAUGCUGGAAGGAGACUUCGAAGCCAUUGAAAUGUCGGAUCGGGGACCGCCGAGGAGUGCGGGACUGAUGGAGGAAGGAUGGACAUUCCACGAUACGACCGACCUGGUGUAUAUCGGACAGCGGAAACGGGUGGAACUCGUUCGUUGGUGCAGUGUGCUCUCGUCGCGUGGAAGGGCAGAACGGAUAGAUAUAAUUGCGAGGUGAGCGGAGAGAAAUGUUCGGAUGACGAAGGAAUCCUUUGUUGCAGGAUAAUCUUCCCGAUAGCAUUCAUUCUUUUCAACUUUGCAUAUUGGAGUAUCUACCUCGAAGAAGAGGAUCCGGACGAGUCGUGA